AUGCCUCUUGGUGAAAUGCUAGCCCGCAAGUGGCCUGCUGAUCCGGCCGUUUUCACAAUUCCACAGCUGAGAUUUUUUCUCAAAUUCAACGGGAUCCGUUGUCUCACACGCUAUCAGCCGCCCGUUGUUCAUCAGCUUUACAAACAACACCUUGCUGGCCGCAUCCGCAAUGAUGACACACAUUGGCCUGCGUCAAGCACACUGGACCAACAGUCCCUCAAGCUUGUGCUUGAGCUAUACAAGAUAAGCUAUCCAGAAGGUGCCUCCCGCCCAUCGCUAAUGAAACGCUAUGACAGCCUCAAGGCAAUCCGUCAACAUAAGUCCACCGAUAACACUUCUGGAAAAAAAAGACGAAGAGGGGAUGAGGAUUUGGAUUACAAGGAAUACCCGGAGGAGGAGCCCUUACGCAAGAAAACUAAACCUCGCAACUGUACACUGCAUGAAGACGUAGUGCAUAAGUACAUCAAUCAACCCCAGAAAGAUGGUCCUGGUGGUCGACCAAUUAGACGCUCGGCAAGGAUCUCUGCAGCUCAGAACUACUCGGCAGAUGAGCCUGUACUAAAACCCUCUCCUGAGCCAGACGGCAGUACUUAUAUCAGCAUUAGCAAAGAUUGUACUUCUCCGCCUACCAGUAAACGAACCCGCAUCCAGAAACCUCAUAGGAUUCCACCUCGAUCUAGACGUCACAGAAACCCAGAAGCUAGAAAUCACGAGACUUUAAAAACUACAGCAGUAUCAGACAACACUUCAGAAAUCUCUAAUACAUUCGAAUUCACCUGUCAUAGCCCAGUGAAUAAUACAACCCAGUCAUCAAGCAACCCCAACAAACAACCUCCAGCUGCUUCACAUACUCUUGCUCAACAGACAGACGACAGCGCAUUAUCACCACUUCCACCACCUCACUGCAACAACGAUUCAGCCAGUAAACCCUUGCCUGAAAAUCAAUCAAACUUGAACAGCUACUAUCACAACGGUGACAGACUACUCGAUAUUGAAUGUCAACAACCACCAUUGAACAACGAAGACCCUAGUACAGGCACCGUUGAAACCAACUUAAUAGACUUGACACCCAGAAUCUGCGACAGAAGCCAUGAAACUCCUCCUUUGCCAUACUCAGAAUACAAAACCCUGUUAGCCGGCUUGAAUUUUGAUACAAUCAGCCAGAAGAACAAAAAUGGCUCCUGUGACUCGACUCUAGACGUGAUCAAUCAAGCUCAAGAUAACUCAGCCAAGGUUGAUGUUGAAAGACAUCAUUUGACGGGUCGGGGUCGUGCACAAUCUAAUGAGGGUGAUGAAAAUAAAGGAAAAGAUCUCUUGUUAGCCGAUGCACAAAAGCUCAACUCAGUAGAGCUUACAGAUCAUUUAAUACCAAUCUCAGUUGAUCCUGUAGAAGAAUGUCUGUCAGCUGAAAAUUCACUCACACAAACUGGCCCUCUGGUUCGAAUUGAAACGGUUACCUUUGCUAGUUUGGCUCAGACAAGUCUUCCGCGGAACGGUCAGACGAAGAUAGACGAUCGAAGGCCAAGUGUGCUGGGGGUGGUCAAAGAUCAAACCUCGGAUUUUGAUCACAGAUCAGUAGAUAGCACCAAAAAAUUAAUCCAGAUGACUCUAUUAUCAUCUCAGACCGCGCCAGGUUCUUCCGAAUGUUGCGACUAUCCCAGAAGCGUAUCUGAAAGCUUGGACGACAAUAUCUCUAAUGCUGGGAGUGAGGGAAUUAGAAUCGGUCACAAGGAAAAGUCUAAGGUUGAUAUGGAAGUCAUCAACGAUCAACCACAGUACUUCAAUCAGAGCUCAGCAGACUCCACUCACUCAAUAAACAAUCCGAUCAUCGAUCAACAUCGGCAAAAACCAGACCUUGUUGAUGAUCAACCACCAACUUGCUAUCAGAGUCCAGCAGACAGCACUCACUUGCUAAACGAUACAAUCAUCAAUUGUCAUGAGCAAAACCUGGAACUUAUCGAUGAUCAACCACUGGAUAUCUAUCAGAGCUCAGCAGACUGCAGCACUGAUCACUUGCUAAACAAGCCAAUCAUCGAUCAACAUAAGCAAAACCUGGAACGUCUUGAUGAUCAACCACCGACUCACUCACCAACUCGCUAUCAGAUCUCAGCGGACAGCACUCACGCUCUAAAUUAUACAAUCAUCAAUCGUCAUGAUCAAAACCUGGAACUUAUCGAUAAUCAACCACUGGAUAACUAUCAGAGAUCAGCAGACUGCAGCACUCACUUGCUAAACAAUCCAAUUAUUGAUCGACAUAGGCAAAAUCCAGAACUUUUCGAUGAUCAACCACUGACUCGCUAUUGGAGCUCAGCUGACAGCACCCACUUGCUAAACAAUGCAAUCACCGAUCCUCAUGAGCAAAACCAAUUGGUGUCCCGUAUUUCAGAUUGUUCAGAACAUCAAGACUAUCCAAGAAACUGUGAUCCUCAUCCAAGUGCUACCUCUGCUACUUCUGGAGAACACACAGCUACAGAACCUCUUAAUAAUCAGGAACCUCCAGAGCUUCGAUCUACAUCUUCAUCACUGUCUCCGUCUCCAUCUCCGCCUCUGUCUCCGUCUCCAUCUCCGCCUCUGUCUCCGUCUCCAUCUCCGCCUCUGUCUCCGAGUCCAUCUCCACCCCCACCUCCAUCUCCAAAACAAUCUUCCCAUCACAUCCUUUCUGAUUUUCCGUAUUCUCCAUCAUCAACAGAAACAUCCACAUCUUCCAUCUCAACCGGGCCUGUUCCUCCAAACCUUGUCGAACCUGUUUUAUCACCGCAAACGCAAUCAAAUUUGCCAGCCCAACCCCAGAAUAAUCGAGAUAUAAUACUAACUGAUAUAAUGGACAUGGUGGAUUCGCCAUCAGCAACUCUGGGAGAGGCCACAAAUCACCGCGUCAGCAUUAACGAUUCCGGAAGUGAAACAGAAAUAUCAGCACAAGUACUUUUCACCGGCACUUCUCAGCUUUCCAACAAUACAGCUCUGCCACCACCUAUUCAUAUCAGUACUGCUCAGCAAUCUUCUAGGAACUUACGGCUGCUCAACUUGCCUGAUCCCAAAACAAUGAAAGUCCAACAAUUAAAAGAUGUCCUUGAUGAAUUUCAAAUUCCAUACGGCAAGCGAGAUCUCAAGCCAACUCUACGCGCACUGUGUCAACAGUUGAUCGAAACUGCACAGAAUUCUCAAAUUCCUGAAAGCCCAGCUGCCGAGCCUUUCCAAUCACCAAUAGCUGUCACCGAUGUCACCAACAAUACCAACAUCACCAUUGAACAGGAAGAAAGUACCUCAGUCAACAACUCACCUAUGCCGGUUGAUCACAUGCAGCCUUUAACGUCAUCUAUUCAAACAAAUUGCAAUGAAGAACCAAGCCGUACCGAUGUUAAUACGACUCCAAACAACAUCCCACAAGAGGCACCCUCUAGCCACCCACAAAACCUGAGAAAAACCCAGCCUGUUGUCGAUCGGGCAUCUAGUGUAUUCAAUGCUAACCAAACUGAGAAGAACCCUGAAAAUCAUCUUGUUGAUUUGCACAUUCGGGGACUUGUCUCCUCAAUUGAAACACUUGCUUUAACCUCUGCGGAAGGAAAUUCCUUGUUUUCCCAUGCGAUUUCCAAAAUGACUGAGGGAUUCAGCAAGCUCACUGUGGCACUCCAGUCGUCCCUGCCAACAGCACAAUUUUCUGCCAUCCAGCACCCGCCAUCUUCCUCACGAAGGCAAACUCCUCGAAUCCAUACUGCACACCAUCAUCCGGAACCUGAAUAUAUGUCUGAUAGUGAUGAUGAGGGACCAGAAGGGCCCCAAAACACUGAUCUUCUUGCUGCAGUAAGGAGACAUUCUGCCACGUUGUUUGGCAAGUGUUUUUACGAGGGCAAUUUCCCCCCACCUGCUACCCCUGAGGAACGAAGACAAUGGAUCGACAGGGGUGACAUUGUGGAUGAUUUGGACGAUGAAAGCCAUGAAAGUUUUCAUGAUGAUUCAGCUAUGGACUUAAGUGUCCAUGGUGAAUCUGAGAUGGAGGUGGACCUAGAUCCCAGCUUCCCGUAUCCUGAUGGCCCUGGACAUCCGGCUGCAUCUCCUCAGGCCCUCAGGAUACUGUGGCGCACAAUGCGCAAUUGCAAUGUCAAAUCUUUUCGACCUAAUCUGGCUGAAGCCAUGACAACUCCAUCAAAUCGCUUUCUUUGGAAUCUUGCCAUUCAAACAUUUUACAGAUUGGUCAGAUCAGGAGAAUACGAGUGUCUGACAAGUGAGAUGUGUAUCCAAAAAGAAGUGAAUAGGGCUUUUAGAACUCAUGUCAAAGGACAUCUGAUGCGCGAGUAUCGUCAGGCAAACAGUUGGACUGAAGAGAGAAGAAUCUCAGCAGUGACUCGCCGCAGACGCAACACACGACGUUCAAAUUUGAUAAAAUGGCGACAAGAUGAGGCUAUGCUCCAUCCAUCUCUUAUCCGCUUGGUACCAAUUAUCCCAGCUAUCUGUAGUGAUGAUGAGACUGAUGAAGAAGCACCAGCUGUUCCCUCAAACUGCACAUCUGGCUCUAAACACAAAAAGAAGUAUUGUGUUGUCCGUCAGCUUCCUUGGCGCCAUAUUCGAGUGCAACAACUCAUGAUAGCUCUUGAUCAACUAAAAGUCAGGCGGGUCAAAUAUUCCACGUCCAAAUCAAACACACCACCACCAAGAUUCCGCAGGCGUGUUCCACAACCUAAGAUUGGUGCUGUGGCAGCUGCAAGAGGCCUACCAAUCACUUACUAUGAUGAGUCAUGGCUAGGUACCCAAUCUUUGAUUGAAAGGGAUGCUUUGGACCCCAAGAUGGAAGGUACUCGUGUUGAAUCAUUUCAUGUAGCAAUUGCCUCAAUUAAUAUUUAG